UGUAUUUCUUUUCUAUACAUGUAUGUAUUAAUAAUUUUUGUUCACAUGCCCCCCCCCCCCCCCAUUUACUUCUGUAUGUCCAGUAAUCAUGACUUUUUCACUGUUUUUGUAUAUAUCUAUGUUUUGUUUUUUUUUACUUUUAUAGUUCUUGUCCUGUUCAUGUCCAUGUUUUAUAUGUUUUGUGUUCGUGAGGAAGAGGAGGAGGCGGAAGUGGAAGUCCCUGUUGUGGAGGAGGUGGAGGAGAGAAGGCCCCGCAAGAAUCCACGGAUGCCGACCUGUGCCAGCACCCGUGUUCUGCGUUCGGCCAGAAAUCAAUGAUGAACAUUUAUUAAUUCAUUAUUAUUCAUAUAUACAUAUUCAUUAUUCAUAUUUCUAAUAAUUUUAUUUGCAUUUUGUCAUUACUUUCCUCUGUAUUCGGACCUUCUGUUGAUUCCUAAUUAACUGUCAAAUCUCUUUAUAAUCGCUGAUAUUAAUAUUCUUGUACUAUAUUUUAAUAUUAUUGUUUUCUUCUUAUGCGGAUACCUCCCCCUCCUCCUCUUCUUCACCUCGUAAAAAGUUAAAUGUGCAUUUUUUGUUGUAUCGAUUGAUGUUUGUUUUUUUUUAUUGUUUUUGGUGGUUUUUUCCAUACGUUUUCCUGUAUGUUUAAUAAAUCUUUCUUUUUUUCUGAAUAUUUUUUGUUUUUUUUUUAACUUAAGGAUAUCCGAUCCUCUGCCAGGAAGGAUAACUAAAAAAAAUUAAUUUUUAAUUUGAAAUGCAUCAAAGUGAACUUUAAUCUUUAACUUUAAUGAAAUGCUGUGGAUAAAUUAACAUUACUCUGUGGAUUCAGAGACACUUCUAUGAGUAUUUUUGAUUUCUUAACUGCUAAUUUUAUAAACCUGAGGAUCGGACUACCUUAAUGGCAUGCACAAAAAUUGAUUUAUGUGCAACGUGAUCCAUGGACAUGCAGUAACAACUAUUACUUUUGUUUUUUACUAGUUACACGUUUUUAAAAGUAGGAAAGGACUUGUCUUUCGUUUCUGGCAUUAAUUAACAUGGACAUUUAAAUGCUGACGCAGUUCAAAUUUUGCCUAUAAAAAGAUUCAAAUGAUUUCGGUUUUAUAUCUAUUUUCGGACGCAAUCCUACCUGCGAUAUCUCCCAGAUUUCUCCACUCACUUUUACAAUAUGGCUCAACAGCUGAUUACAGAAAUGUAAGUCAAGCUCUUUCUCUCUCUCUAUCUCUCUUUGUUUCUCUCCUUUCUCUUUCUCUUUUAUUAUGCUUCGAACUGUUUUUCAGGUUAAAAAAGAGCAGCGAUCUUAGAGUUCCUUCGGUUGAUUUACAAGACACUGAAGAACCUAUUAAUAUCAGCUCCGACUCGGAUCUCACACCUCCAAUUGGAUCACCGACAGUUGAAUCAUUAUCAGCAUUAUCGUCAUCUACUCAACAGUCUGCUUCUUUUUCGGCUACUUCCAGAUCUCCUACACCUGUCUCCUCUAGAUCUACUUCCCCGGAAAUAACAUCUCCUUCUCAAAGUCCAUAUUUCUCACAGACUGAUGAUGAAAUCCUCGAUGUUGAUUUAGGUCCCGAUAAUUUUGCUCUUUACAAUAUGCAGAAAGAACACGACCGACUCACAAGAGAACUGGUCUCAAAGAAAAAAAUUCAAGAAACUUUAAAGAAAGAAUUAAAUGAAAUUUCUACAGAGAUUGAAAAGAUAACAAAAAAAAUAGAUAUUGUGCAAGAGGAUAUGAAAGAAACAUGUAAAAAAUUAAAUUUUAAAUAGUAAAAUGCCCUUACUUUUCAAUGGCUGUCGUCCAGCGUUGGUAUUCAUCGUUAGAUCGUAUUUUACCCCCUCUUUUAUACCCUUUUCUUUGACCAAUACGUCAUUUUCAAAUUAAUUUCGUGAUUUUACAAAUGUUCAUUUGGGUUUUUUUCGUGUUUCGUACUUGUUUAUUCCAUAGUCUGCACGUAAAACACUUUCCUGUACAUUACUUCUUUAAAAUUUGUUCUUGUUCGUUUCAAAGUCUUCAUGUAAAACGCUUUCCUGUACAUUCGGGUUUUCUUUAUUUGUUCUUGUUCGUUUCAUAAUGUUCAUGUAAAACAUGUCUCUCUAUGUACAUUCGG